AUGGACAACAGACCUGCCUCCGAGUACGCGCAGUCAGGUUCGCACUUUCCGUAUCCACCGUCUGCCGCUGCGCAUUCUGAACUCCCAGCUGCAGACCAGGCUUCUGCUGCUGCCACUGCUCAAUACACGCCUCAGCAAGAGGUCCGUCCUACCCCUCAGUACACGCCUCAACCCGAGGUUAGACCUGCCUCUGCCGCCGCCGCCAACAUUUCGUCCUCCAACACACCGCAGUCGGACUACGGUCUGAACCAGCCGCCCGCCGCGCGCUCACCCGCUUAUCCGGACUACCUCGCUCGCCCACCUCAAUACCAUCACGCCCCCAACACCCAGGCCGGUGGUGCGGCAGGUAUGGCUCAAGCAACAAGUCCGUCCAUGACCACCCUCCAUGAUGGGCACCAAAAUGACCAUCGCAAUCACACGAACGUGAAGUCUGACGCGGACGUUCCUAUAGAUCCCUCAAUCGCGGCCUCCAGCCCUACCUAUCCUCCUCCAUAUUCGCCCUAUCAGCCUCAAGGUCAUGACAUGGCCCAGUAUCAAGGUCAUCCUCCCCCACCGCCUCCUCAGAUGUAUGGGCGUCCGGAAUGGUCGCAUGGUUAUGGACAGCACCAGCACGGUCUUCCUGGGCCCUAUAGCGCUCCUGCUACAACGGUUGGUCCCGCCUCCCCUGCUGCGACCGCAGGGCCGCGCCCUGGCCAGGUCUACUCUUUUGUGCCCAUUCCUGGGGCACAACAGCACAAACGACCCCGACGUCGCUAUGAAGAAAUCGAACGUAUGUACAAGUGCGGUUGGAACGGGUGCGAAAAGGCUUACGGUACUCUCAACCACCUGAAUGCCCACGUUACCAUGCAGUCGCACGGAGCCAAGCGGACUCCCGAAGAAUUCAAAGAAAUCCGCAAGGAAUGGAAAGCUCGAAAGAAGGAGGAAGAGGCCCAGCGUAAAGCUGCCGAGGAGCGUGAGCGUGCUGCCGCCGCUCAAGCUGCUCAGGCGAACCAGGUUGAUGCCCCCGGUCCUACCGAUCCCGCGCAGGCUCAACCUCCUGCUUACGCUGGCGGUGUCCGCCCUCAGCUGCCGCCAAUUGGCUACCAACCUGCCGAUGGCCAAGUACCGGGGCAGUAUGGCGGUGCCAGUGGCAUGGUGUAUCAGGGUAAUGGCCAGAUGGCCUAUCCUCCAAACUACCCUCACUCCCCGUAUGGACAAAGCGGGCAGGUGUAUCAGCAACGUAAGUAG